AUGUCGCCCCGUUUAAAGUCCCUGGUAGCCAUAUUCGCUCUCGUCUCACUCCCAUAUGCCCUAUCCGUAUCUUCCUCACCGUGCACCGAACUAGCCUCGCUUCUACCAGGCAAAGUCUUCCUCCCAAACUCCGCGACCUAUAACUCAUCAGGAAGCUCGUACUUCGCCCGUCAGGAGCAAGAGAUCCAUCCAGCCUGCAUCGUUGCCCCAUCCUCAGCAGAAGAUGUAUCCACCGCAGUUCAGCAUCUCGCCAAUCUCCCCAAUUCAAACUUCGCUAUCCGGUCUGGCGGCCAUUCCUCCAACCCUGGCGCCGCCAAUGCCCCUGACGGGGUUACAUUCGACCUAGCCCAACUAAAUACCAUCACCGUUCAUCCAGACACAGCAACCGUCGCCGUUGGGAGCGGCCUCUCCUGGCAAGAGGUGUACGAUGUCCUUGAUCCCUACGGCCUUGUUGUGCUCGGCGGCCGGACCGGCAUCGUAGGAGUGGGUGGUCUCUUGACUGGUGGCGGCCUUUCCACAUUCUCGCCGGAACUCGGCUUUGCCUGCGACAGUAUCGUAAACAUGCAAGUGGUUCUCGCCUCCGGCGAAAUCGUUGACGCCAACGAGACGCACAACGCGCCUCUCUUUUCCGCGCUCAAGGGCGGACAGAAUAAUUUCGGCGUCGUCACGCGAUUUGAUCUGGCGACUUUUCCACAGGAUGAAUUCUGGGGCGGCGCAAUCCAGUACCCGGCGUCCGCGAACGAAGCACAGCUGGACGCGUUCUGGAAGUUCAAGAACUCGACAGUCGAUCCGUACGCGGAAGUCGAGCAGAGCUUUUUGUAUAACGCGUCUGCGCCGUCUGCCAAUCCGGAAGAAAAGUAUUAUAGCUCGAACAACCUGUUCUAUACCCGGCCCGUUGCGAGUGUGGAAGAUACUGUCCUGCGAGUGUUUACAUCAAGCAACAUCCAUGAGCCGCAAGGGUAUAAUUCAGUGCGUGUGGCAAAUAUGUCGGACUUUGCGAGGGAGUUGUCGCUGUUUCAGCCGGUGGACCAGUACUCCAUCUACGCGACAACAACAUUCCGCCUGUCCCCCACAAUCCUGCAGCAGGUCCACGCGCUCUGGCGCUCCUUUACCAGCAUGCAACCCCAGUCUAGCGUGCCGGGGCUCGUCUCCUCCCUCACAUUCCAGACCCUGCCUCCUGUAAUUCGCUCCUCGCGCAACAGUCUCGGCUUCCCGCCGAACUCACAUCCCGAGGAAAACCUUGUCCUUGUGCUCGUCUCGAACUACUGGCCUGGCGGGGCCUACUCAAGAGCACUGCGUGACGGUACGCGGGCGCUGUUCGAGGAAAUUGACGCGUUGGCCAGGAGCGAAGGGCUGGACGAGCGGUUUAGGUAUAUGAAUUAUGCGGCCGAGUGGCAGGAUGUUGUUUCUGGAUAUGGCGAGGAAAGUGUAGAAGAGCUUUGGCGGGUUUCAAGGAGGGCGCGAAACAAUUGCAAGGUCCAAGCGAGCUUGCUGCAAGUAGACGUAGGGGCCGUUUUUGUCCUCUGCGAGGAGGGGCAGGCGCAGAACGUUAGGGAGGGGGCGUUCUUUGGCACGUCCUUUGGCACACAGAUAACGAGCUCCGAGCUUCCGCAAUUGGGGGGUGUCCUGCAGAACAAAGACCAUGCUAGUUAUGUAGGAGGAUGUGGAUAUGAGGUUAAGGGGUUAUUUUGGGAGUGGGUUGCGGACUGGACGAGGCGGAAGAGUUGCUGGGAAAAGCGCCUUUAA